AUGAGACGCCAGCACGUCCAGUGUCACGAUGGCUCACCUCCACCAUUGUCUUCACACAAAUCAUACCAGACUCCCGAUCAACUUCGGAUUCCACAAGACCAAUUAAAAGCAGUGGACCGAGGCACUCAACAAAUUCCCUCAAGGAUAUCACCUACCUACCCAAACAUAAAUCACCUCAGCUCGUACGCGAACUCGGAGCAGUCCACUGAGUGUGAUUCGGCACCGCUGUCGGAAGGAGACCAGAUUUACCCUCCAUUCGAGGAGAUCCCCCCUGAUUCACAUAACCAAAUCCAUCACCUUAUUCAUCGGCACGAUGGCCUAUGUAGUACUACUCAAGACACUGGAACGCAGCACACAGUUCAUCACUGCGCCGACCCAUGUCCCGUUGCCGCUGAUGCGGGUUCAUCGCACAGUGACUUAUCUCAUUGGGGCGAUGUACAACACGGCACUCGAAAUUCACCUCCAGUGGGACAUGAAAUCCUGGAAGCACUACAUGAAGGUUUUCCUGCGCCCCACUCCGUCCCCUUUCCUCGGUUCUGGAAACCUUGGAAACGAACCUUAAACACCAGUGGCUUUAAUAUGCCGGAUGCCUUGCCUUUGUCGCCCUUAAGGAAACAUCCGGUUGGUGAUCGGUGUAGGACCGCCUGGAGCGUGAACGGCUCAUGUGGAACCAAUGCUGUCGGCAGCCCAUCUUCCCAAUCACGAGAAAGCACUGACCCGCCAGGGUCCCAGUCUGAUCGGAAGGAGUUGGUGAGUGAAAUCUUGAGUGUAUCACGAAUACUGUUCAUGGACCGUGAGUUACUUGAACCUGGCCGUGUGUGGGGACGGUAUCGCCGCACACACAUGAUGGGCAACUUCAGUUCCCCAUGA